CCAGUAACAAAAGUCAUUCUCUACCACCAGGGGAAUCUUAUGAUUCUUCACUGUUGGAGAAAACCUACACCAAGAAACAAACAAAUGAAGUCAGCAAGUUGAUGCAGAGUGAAGGCAACAGUUAAGACUAGGAGAAAAGCAGCAUCAGAAAGAAGCAAACCAUGGAGCAAAAGAUGUCCCGCGGAUGCAUUGCGCAUAACGCCAUGGGUCAAGUGUAAUACUACCGUGUCAUUUCCAUGUUGAGCGAAGGUAUUCUGAUGCAUGCUAAAGCUUGGGAAAAAUACACUGGAGAAGGAGCACUGUCUUACCUGUCUGACUGUAUGAUUUCUUUUGUUCCUGGAGUCUGCAGCAGGUCAACAUUAGAGUUCAGAGAUCGAGAACAUGGCAACCUGCCCAGAACCAAGAUGGAAGAAAAACUCAGCAGGCCCCAUUUCAAGCAUAUUUGCCUUGACGGAGUCUUAGAUAAUGUCCCUACAAGGGAACAACAAAUCAUUUCAAUUUCAAAGCCUCUUAGACUGAGGAACUUUCAACUGUACUAAAAAAUUUAGGAGAUGGACAAAUUUUCCCUCCCUCUCAUUUGAAAGGAUUCAGAGAAGAAAUACAAUGGCAGAGGUUUAAAGUUAAUAUUCAGGAUGAAUGAUGAUAAUUCAGAUGACAAGACAGAAGAUGAUCUGCAGUCCUUAUUUAUCAGUGAAAAAGAUGGAAACACAAAUGCAUAUAACCAAAAAUCACCACCUACACAAAACUCUUCAGCCACUAAUGUGAGUUGGAAUUCUGCCAAGCCAGAUGACAUGGUGGUUGAUUAUGAAACCAACUCUGCUGUGGACAUUGGUGAAAAUAUUUCUUUAAACCCUCAGUGUGUUGAAGUACUUGAUCACCAAAAGUCUUCAAGUGAUCUCAUUAGAAAGGAGGUGUUCGACAUGCAUAAGGAUUCCACAUGUCAGUCUUUUGCACAUGUUGUAAAUACAGAGGAACCCAAGUAUUUGCAUAACAGUGGUCAUUCCCUAGAAUCAUUUCAGGACCAGGAUGUUGAGACAUCUCUACCUUUUGUGUGGAAACCUAUCGAUGAUGAUUUGAAAUAUACAGACAGCCCUACUGCCUUGGAGCUAAACCAAACAUUUGACAUGAAGGUGGAUAACGUUAACUGUACCUUUAUAACGCAUCACACCGUCGGAGAGUGUCAGUCUUUGCAGACCACUGUAAGCCUGCAACCAACCGGCAUGAGAGGUGGAAGGACGUCUUUAUCCUGCUCCAUUCUUACAUCUUCCCAUGAGAGAGAAAUGAGUGAUGACAGAGACAGCUUUGAAAACCCUCAAGCUGCAGCAUCAGAGCCCCAAGACACAACCGACACAGCAUUUUUGGAUGUGCUGAUGCAAACUGAUGCUGUUGUUCCAGAUGUUGGAAAUCAGUGUCACUGUUCUUCGGGAAAGGUCACCAGUGAGUACCCAGAUGGGGCACAGCAAAGACUGGUCAGAGAAAAGGACGUACAAGCUCUGACACCAGUUUCUGAUGGCAUGGAUGUUCCCAAUGGGUCUGUAUUACAAGAGUUCUUUUGUUCAUCUAAAGAUGAACCAAAUAGUGAGACACAUUCACAGAGCUCAUGUGGGCAAAAGGAAAUGGGCCAAAAUCUCAGAGAAACAGUGUCCAUUUGUCUUAUAGAUGAUGAAUGCCCUUUACUGGUGCCAGCUUUUGAUAACAGUAAAACCCAAGUGCUGGACCCUGAACAUCAAGUCACUGUGGCUAAAGACACAUCAGUUGCCUCCAAUGAAAAGGAUUUGGGAACCCAAAAUCGUACCAUUGAAUUGAUAGUGAAUAGCCCGCCAGGACAAAAGAUGGCUUCAUCACUUGACCUGACUUGGGAUGCAGAUGACAUGAUCUUUAGUACAAACAGCGUAGCUUGCAUGUCCACGCCAAUCCUGGAGCCCACAAAUGCCACCUUUUCUAUUUCACCUAUUGAAGCGACAGAGAAAUGUAGUAAAGCGCAGAAGAGUCAUCAAGAACUUAGAAAUUUAUCGAACUUGAAAGGGACAUCUAUGAACAUGUCUAAACCCAAUCUAGGAAAGUCAACAACCAAAAUGAAUACCCCUCUAGGUAGCAGAGUUAGAAAAAGUGAAAUUAUAAGUUACCCAAGACCAAACUUCAAGAAUGUCAAAGCAAAAGUGAUCUCCAGACCAGUGUUGCCGUCCAAGGACCCUGCUCUGUCGAAGGCUGCACCCAGACCUCAGUUAACCAGCGCCUCACCACCCCUGGCAGCAGCCUCCACAAGACAGUUGACAACUUUGAACAAAACACCAACAUCUGAGUUGAAUGCCGACACAAAAGCAGAAAUCCUAAUUAACAAAACACAUAAGCAGCACUUUAAUAAACUCGUCACGAGCCAGGCUGUGCAUGUUACAACUCAUUCUAAAAAUGCUUCACACAAGGUUCCAAGAACAACCUCUGCCAUGAAAUCAAAUCAGGAAGAUGUUGACAAAGCGAGUUCGUCUAAUUCGGCAUGUGAGACUGGGUCCGUGGCUGAGUUUUUUCAGAAGAUCCAAGGUGAACUCCCUGCUAAAAUGGAAAAUACAGAAUGUUUGGAAAUGACCUGUCCUUCCAACAUUGAGAGAAUUAGCCCUGAAAAGAAGGGUGAAAAAGAAAAUGGGACACCGGCUGGCAAACAAGAGCUGAAAAAGGAGAUUAUGAAUGAGACCUUUGACUACAGUUCUCUGUUUUUGGGUUCUGCUUCAAAAACUGCCACCACCUCAGGGAGGAAUAUAGCCAAGCCCAGCGCCUCCAUUUGGAGGAAAACACCUGGUCCAAAAGCCAAAGUGGGGUCUUCUGUUUCCUGUUUGAGGCGGAGCAGUGACAACAGAAAUCUCAACUCUGAUCGAGCCGUAUCUCCCCAGAGGAUCAGGCGGGUGUCCAGUUCUGCAGGUAAUGCAGCUGUCGUCAAGUAUGAGGAAAAACCUCCAAAAGCAGCAUUUCAGAAUGGUUCGUCAGGAGCCUUAUAUUUGAAGCCCUUGGUACCCAGAGCUCACACACACUUACUGAAGACUCCUCCAAAAGGUCCUUCAAGAAAAAGUCUAUUUACAGCUUUUAAUGCCGUUGAAAAGGGCAGGCAGAAGAAUCCCAGGAGUUUAUGUAUCCAGACCCAGACGUCUCCAGAUGUGCUGUCCUCUGAAAAAACACUUGAGUUGGCUCGGUAUAAAACAAAAUGUGAAAACCAAAGUGGAUUUAUCGUGCAGCUCAAGCAGCUUCUCUCCUGUGGUAAUACCAAGUUGGAAGCGUUAACAGUGGUGAUCCAGCACCUGCUGUCUGAGCAGGAGGAAGCACUGAGACAACACAAAACCCUAUCUCAAGAACUUGUUAACCUCCGGGGAGAGCUAGUCACUGCUUCAACCACCUGUGAGAAGUUAGAAAAAGCCAGGAAUGAGUUGCAAAUAGCUUAUGAAGGAUUUGUCCAGAAGCUAAACCAGCAGCACCAGACUGAUCUAACAGAGCUGGAGAACCGGCUUAAAGAAUUUUAUACUGGGGAGUGCGAAAAGCUUCAGAACAUCUACAUCGAAGAAGCAGAGAAGUACAAAACCCAGCUGCAGGAGCAGUUUGACAACUUAAACGCUGCCCAUGAAACCUCUAAGUUGGAGAUUGAAGCGAGCCACUCGGAGAAAAUAGAAUUGCUAAAGAAAGCCUAUGAAACCUCCCUUUCAGAAAUCAAGAAAACCCAUGAAGUAGAAAAGAAAUCACUUGAGGAUUCACUUUACGAGCAGCAGGAAUCACUAGAGAAACAAAUCAGUGAUCUGAAGAGUGAAAAUGAUGCUUUAAAUGAAAAGCUGAAAUCAGAAGAACAAAAAAGAAUAUCAAGAGAGAAAGCAAAUUUGAAAAACCCUCAGAUGAUGUAUCUGGAGCAAGAGUUAGAAAGCCUCAAGGCUGUGUUGGAGAUCAAGAAUGAGAAACUGCACCAACAGGACGUCAAGUUAAUGAAAAUGGAGAAACUGGUGGACAACAACACGGCGCUGGUCGACAAACUGAAGCGAUUCCAGCAGGAGAAUGAAGAAUUAAAAGCUCGAAUGGACAAGCACAUGGCAAUUUCAAGGCAGCUUUCCACCGAGCAGGCGGUCCUGCAGGAGUCGCUGGAGAAGGAGUCCAAGGUCAACAAGCGGCUGUCCAUGGAGAACGAGGAGCUGCUCUGGAAACUGCACAACGGGGACCUGUGCAGCCCCAAGAGGUCGCCCACGUCCCCCGCCAUCCCCUUCCAGUCGCCGAGGAACUCCGGCUCCUUCCCCAGCCCCAGCGUCUCGCCCAGAUGACGCCUGGAGACAGACUGACCCCUCGCCAGCGCGGAAGCUGAGCUCCCUUCGCCCACGCGCCCCGCCCGCCCACCCGCCCUGGAACUGGAACGUCACGGCCGGACCCGCUCCUUCUGAGACAGACCCGAACUCAGAAGCGAGGCUCUGGACUCGGUCCGGGAGACUCUGCCCGAAAAAUGUCGCCGGAACGGAUCUACGCAGACUGACGCUGAUGCACAAAGCACUUACGGAACGAGGAGAUCUUGUUCGUUGCCUUUUUCACCUACACGUAAAGGGGAAAACUCUCAGGGGCCUGUUAAAAGAUUUAUAUAACCUUUGUAAUGUUCCUCACCACAGACACCUUCUUGUGAUGUGUAUUUUGGUCUGACUGGGGAUGUGUGAAUGAAAUGGGUGUAACCGA